AUGGGUGGGCUUAACGACAGCCGCCUGGUCUUCGAAGAUGGCGACGUAGUCAUCCACACCUCACAUGAGCCGUCGGGCAUCUUCCUCGUUCAUAAAGAAGUCCUCAUUUCCGGAUCACCGUAUUUCAGGAACCUUCUGUCAGAGUUGUGGGGCACCACACCACAUGUAGUAGAUACAGGCACGACACCUGUGUUUGAACUGGAUCUGCAAAUGGACUGCCAGUCCGGCUUUGCCCUACCAAUCGUGCGAAAGCAGGGACAUGAUUUACUCGACCCCAGCGAGAGCGUAGAAAGUGACAAGGAUGUUGACGAACUCGUCCUCUGGCCUGAACAACCGCAGACCCCGAAGUCGGUGGCUGGGACAUAUCUGACUCGGUCUGCUAAGCUCUGGCCACACUCGAAGGUUUACGCAAGCCUUCGUAAACCCAUGGACCAGCACGUCACCGAGCUCAAGCGAAAGUUGCUAGAUCGUGAUACCCGGUGGUACUUUCAUGCGCAAGAGCACAGAUUUCCAAAGCAUGAGCACGCAUUGAGCUAUGUACGCGCGAUCUGGAGAUGCAUCAUCCGUUUGUUGUACGGGAAAGACCGAUUCCUCGAGCCCCAGGGCAAAAAGUCUCCGGCCAAACAGGUCAUGUUCCUUGCCAACUUGUAUGCGUAUGCAGAGCUCUUGGAUCUUGACAAUACUAUCAUGACGCGUCUCAGAAAUGCGGUCAGAUCAGUCCCUUCCAUUUGGAUCUUGGUAUCGAAAAAGCCGGAUAUAUUCAUCGACCUUGCUAAUGCGAUGGAGAUGCCCGAUCUAUAUACGGAUGCGAUGAAGCACUGGAUCUCGUGGCAAGUCUCUCCUCAUCAAUACCGAAGAUGGCAUUCGGUUGGUGGCGAAGGGACGUUCAGACUUCUGGCACAUGCAGCCAUCAAACACCAGAGUGCUCUGAUGGAAUUGAGUCGGUCUAUUGUGAACUUCACAUUAUACUCAAUACAUCACCUUGGGAUCUAUAGUUACGCCACAUCGAUUCCGCUGCUUCCCUGCAAGAUGUUUCCUCGAGGAUAUUCUGAUGGUGAUCGCACAGAGAUCGACUAUUACCUGGCAGCAGUCAAGGACUUGUUCGUGACAGGCCUUAUACCUGUCGCGACGAGCCUGCAUCUGGAACUGUAUAGAAAUAUGUCACCCUGGGACUCCACGUCGAACAUGACAUCAGCUCAAGUACUGCGGGCGCUCAUGAUACUUGGGACCGAGCCUCUCGAAAAUCAGGGCCGCAAGGCGAUCAUCAGCUUCUUCAACCUCCGCCGGUAUGCCAACCUAAAGCAGUUACGAUUGGACAAGCUCACCUACUUGGUGGGUCUCACGCUGAAGGAGUACAAAGACCUGCUAGAGGAUUCCCCCGCCUUCUGCCCUGAGUCAAAGUACCACAACCGGCACGGCGCGAUGUGGCUGUGUCGAUGUCCAGGAGAAGUACAACCGAAGUAUCCGACGUCAGCGUGCUUGUGCAUUGUCAACCUACACGAGGUGUUCGCGCGCGGACUCGGCGCAAUCGAUCCACAACCGUGGCCGUUCAACCAAGAUGUUUCACAAGACAACGAGUGUGCAGAGUUUGCGCAAACACAGACAAAACCUGCCACGUUUGCGUACUUGCAAUCCGUCGGUCUUGGGUCCAAAUUCUCCUACUUGAAUCGAGCCCGUCAGGGUAGUCCCGAGUUGCUGAGCGCCGAUGACCUGGCUAUCGAUGCAGAUGGAUGCAACUUGGACAUCAUGUACGAUGGUUGA